AUGAUGAUUACAGCCAUAAAUCCAAUUCAAACUUUUUCAAAAAAUUUCGAUGAUUAUAAUAAUCAAGAAGAUUCAAAUGGGACUAAUAGUAAUUUUCUCACAAAAACAAACACUAUUAGCCCUGUAACUUAUAAAAACCCUCAACAAAAUUAUGAGUCUCCUCAGAUGAUGGAAUCUGAAAUUCAAAAUCAAACAGAUGAAUCGCAAUCGAUGGAUGUUGAAAAACAGCCAGAGGAGCAAAUGAUGACUCCUUUUGAAUUUUUCAUGAGCUUACCCAAAAAUGUACCUGACCCUGGGCAUACUCAUCUACCUCCAAAACUUAGAAACACCCCAAAGCGCACUCUUGUUUUGGAUAUUGAUGAGACUUUAGUUCACAGCGAUAUAGAGCCUACCCCAAAUAGCAAAACAAUGGUAAGCUUUAUGAGUCAUGGAAGACUUUGCAACGUCUAUGUAAGCUAUAGACCCUUCUUAGUUGAGUUCUUGCAGAUCGUUUCACAGAAAUUUGAAGUUGUCGCCUUUACAGCUUCACAAAAAUAUUACGCAGAUCAGGUUUUGAAAAGCAUUGAUCCUCAGAGAAAAUUGAUCAAGCAUAGACUAUAUCGAGAGUCUUGCUAUGAAAUCAAAGGAAACUACAUCAAAGAUUUGAGGGUUUUAGGAAGAGACUUAAAAGAUGUUAUCAUUGUUGAUAACUCAAUUCUAUCAUUUGCUUUUCAGCUUGAUAAUGGGAUACCUAUUCUCUCUUGGUUUAAUGACCCUAACGAUAGAGAGCUGUGCAAUCUCGUCACUUUACUUGAUGAAAUCAAUAAAGCCUCAGAUAUUAGACCAGCAUUAAAAGCAAGGUAUAAUUUAUCAAGGUUCAGCUAA